AUGGACAAGCCUCCUGAUGCGUGUGCUGAAGUGUCUGAUGAAGAGGAGCUAGAGCCUACCUCCACAAAGGCCCAGAAAAACAAACGCACCAAGAGGAUAGAUGCGUGUGCUGAAGUGUCUGAUGAAAAGGAGCUAGAGCCGACCUCCACAAAGGCCCAGAAAAACAAACUGACCAAGAGGACAGAUGCGUGUGCUGAAGUGUCUGAUGAAGAGGAGCUAGAGCCGACCUCCACAAAGGCCCAGAAAAACAAACGGACCAAGAGGAUAGAUGCGUGUGCUGAAGUGUCUGAUGAAGAGGAGCUAGAGCCUACCUCCACAAAGGCCCAGAAAAACAAACGGACCAAGAGGACAGAUGCGUGUGCUGAAGUGUCUGAUGAAGAGGAGCUAGAGCCUACCUCCACAAAGGCCCAGAAAAACAAACGGACCAAGAGGACAGAUGGUGAGUACAACUGA